CGAGGGAGAGUAUAUAAAAGCAGAGAGCAGCCCUUCGCAAGCCACUGGAAGGAAUCUCAGCCAGACUACAGCAGAUUCCGCAGCCCCGAGGACGCUUGGAGUUUGCACUUCGCUUUUUAAAACAACUACCGCUCUCUUUCUUUUUGGAUUUGGUUUGGAGCGUUAACAAUAAAAGAGCAGCAGCAGAUCCUUUUAUGCCGGGAGUUAUGCUACAGAAGAGCAGGCUGUUGUGGCUAAUUGUCUUGCUAACUUUGUGGGCUACUUCAAAUGCUCAGGAUGGUAACAAGGAAGAUGAGACUACGUUUGACUUAUUUCAAAUCAGUAACAUAAACCGAAAGACAAUUGGAGCAAAAUUAUUUCGGGGUCCAAAUCCCACCGUCCCGGCCUAUCGUUUCAUCCGAUUUGACCAUAUACCUCCAUUUAAUCCAGAGAAAUUCAAACAGAUUCUCAAACUCAUCCGGAAAAAUGAGGGCUUUAUUCUUUCAGCCACCCUAAGGCAGGACAGGGAAUCCAGAGGUACUAUCAUUGCUUUAGAGGGUCCUGGCAUCUCUCAAAGACAGUUUGAGAUUAUUUCCAAUGGCCGAGCCAAUACCCUGGACCUUAUCUACUGGGCAGAUGGCUCCCAGAAUGUGAUUUCCUUGGAAGAUGUGGACCUAGCAGACUCACAAUGGAAGAACCUCACCGUGCAAGUGACAGGGGAGAACUACAGCCUCUAUGUUGGUUGUGACCUUAUUGACAGCUUCAUCCUGGAGGAGCCUUUCUACGAGCAGCUGAAAGAAGAGAACAGUAGAAUGUAUGUGACAAAGGGGUCCAUUCGAGAGAACCAUUUCAGGGGUCUAAUUCAAAAUAUUUAUUUAAUUUUUGAUACUUCAGUAGAGGAUGUUCUGCGUAACAAAGGAUGUCAGAGAAGCCAGACAACUGAAGUGAACACUAUCAAUGAGAGUACUGAAAUCCUUCACCUUAACCCUGCUGUCACCACGGAGUAUGUUGGCGAACAGACAGAGAAGAAGAUGGAGUUCUGUGACCGCUCCUGUGAAGAGCUGGGAACUGUGUUCACUGAGCUCACUGGGUUGCGCAUUGUUGUUAACAAUUUAGUGGAUAAUCUUCAAAAAGUGUCUGAGGAGAACCAAAUUAUGUGGGAAUUGAUUGGGCCUAACAAAACUCUAAAGAACCAAUCAGUCUGCUGGCAGGAUGGUCGUGCCUUUGCAGAUAAUGAAAACUGGGUUGUGGAUAGCUGCACCAAAUGUACCUGUGAGAAUUCUAAAACCGUGUGCCAUCAAAUCACUUGCCCAGCGGUGUUUUGUGCCAAUCCAUCGUUUAUUGAAGGUGAAUGCUGUCCUGUCUGCUUUCAUUCCAAAGACAGUGAAGAUGGUUGGUCUCCAUGGUCUGAGUGGACAGAGUGCUCAGUGACAUGUGGCUCUGGAACACAACAGAGAGGAAGAUCAUGUGAUGUCACCAGCAACACUUGUGUAGGCCCUUCCAUCCAGACAAGAACGUGUAGUCUUGGCAAAUGUGACAAUCGCAUACGUCAAGAUGGUGGCUGGAGUCACUGGUCUCCUUGGUCUUCCUGUUCUGUGACCUGUGGAGUAGGCAACAUCACUCGCAUCCGUCUCUGCAAUUCCCCCAUCCCACAGAUGGGUGGGAAAAUUUGUAAAGGAAGUGGUCGUGAAACGAAAGAAUGUGAGGGAGUCCCAUGUCCAAUUAAUGGUAGAUGGGGUCCCUGGUCUCCAUGGUCCGCAUGCUCUGUCACCUGUGGAGGAGGGAUCCGUGAGAGGUCUCGUCUCUGUAACAGCCCAGAGCCACAAUAUGGAGGAAAGAAAUGUGUGGGAGAUGUCCAGCAACAUGAUAUAUGCAACAAGAAUGAUUGCCCGAUUGAUGGGUGUUUGUCAAAUCCAUGCUUUCUUGGAGCAGAAUGCAGCAGUUAUCCUGAUGGGUCUUGGUCAUGUGGCCCAUGUCCAGCUGGGUACCUUGGUAAUGGAACAGUGUGUGAGGAUCUUGAUGAGUGUAUAGCUGUGCCAGAUGUUUGUUUUAAGGUGAAUCAUGUCCAUCGCUGUGUGAACGUGAAUCCAGGGUUCCACUGCCUGCCCUGCCCUCCACGCUACAAAGGAAAUCAGCCUUUUGGGGUGGGCCUGGAGGCUGCCAAGGCAGAAAAGCAAGAGUGUGAACCUGAAAAUCCAUGCCUAGAUAUGACACACAGCUGCCACAAAUCUGCAGAGUGCAUCUACCUGGGCCAUUUCAGUGACCCUAUGUACAAGUGUGAAUGUAGAACAGGAUAUGCCGGUGAUGGACGCAUCUGCGGUGAAGAUUCUGACCUGGAUGGUUGGCCCAAUAGCAACCUGGUCUGUGCUGCCAAUGCUACUUACCAUUGCAUGAAGGAUAACUGCCCCCAUCUGCCUAAUUCUGGACAGGAAGACUUUGAUAAGGAUGGCAAAGGUGAUGCCUGUGAUGAAGAUGAUGACAAUGAUGGGGUAGAGGAUGACAAAGACAAUUGCCCCCUUCUCUUCAACCCCCGUCAGCUUGAUUAUGACAAGGAUGAAGUUGGUGACCGCUGUGAUAAUUGCCCGUAUGUGCACAACCCUGCUCAGAUUGACACUGAUAAUAAUGGAGAGGGUGACUCAUGUGCUGUGGAUAUUGAUGGUGAUGACAUUUUUAAUGAACGAGAUAACUGUCCGUAUGUUUACAACACUGACCAGAGAGAUACAGAUGGGGAUGGAGUAGGUGAUCAUUGUGAUAACUGUCCAUUGGUGCACAAUCCUGAUCAGACUGACAUAGAUAACGACCUAGUUGGUGACCAGUGUGACAAUAAUGAGGACAUAGAUGAAGAUGGUCACCAGAACAACCAAGAUAACUGCCCCUACAUCCCCAAUUCUAACCAGGCUGACCAUGAUAAGGAUGGCAAAGGGGAUGCAUGUGAUUCUGACGAUGACAAUGAUGGUGUUCCUGAUGACAGGGACAAUUGUCGGCUCAUGUUCAACCCUGACCAAAAGGACUCUGAUGGUGAUGGCAGAGGUGAUAUCUGCAAAGAUGAUUUUGACAAUGACAGUGUACCAGAUAUUUAUGACGUGUGCCCCGAAAAUAUUGACAUCAGUGAAACUGACUUCAGAAAGUUCCAGAUGGUCCCCCUGGAUCCAAAGGGAACAGCUCAAAUUGACCCCAAUUGGGUUAUUCGCCACCAGGGCAAAGAACUGGUGCAGACUGCCAACUCUGAUCCUGGCAUAGCAGUAGGUUUCGAUGAGUUCACCUCUGUUGACUUCAGUGGCACAUUCUAUGUUAACACAGACCGUGAUGACGAUUAUGCCGGGUUUGUGUUUGGUUAUCAGUCCAGCAGUCGAUUUUAUGUCCUGAUGUGGAAGCAAGUCACACAGACCUACUGGGAGGACAAGCCCACCAGGGCUUAUGGUUAUUCAGGGGUAUCACUCAAAGUAGUGAACUCCACGACUGGCACUGGUGAGCACUUGAGAAAUGCUCUCUGGCACACUGGAAACACGCCUGGACAGGUACGUACCUUGUGGCAUGACCCCAAGAAUGUUGGCUGGAAAGAUUAUACUGCCUACAGGUGGCAGUUGAUUCACAGGCCUAAAACAGGAUUAAUAAAAGUUUUAGUAUAUGAAGGAAAACAGGUCAUGGUAGACUCUGGACCAAUCUAUGAUAAGACCUUUGCUGGUGGACGAUUAGGUCUUUUUGUCUUCUCUCAAGAAAUGGUCUACUUCUCUGACCUCAAAUAUGAAUGCAGAGAUUUCUGAGCUAUGGUUGCUACAUUACCAGCAAAGUACUGUAGAUGCUGUGCAACCUAGACACCUCAGUACAUCCUGGUACUCCCAACUUCUCUUUCUGUGUACCUCCUCCUCCUCCGGCCUUCUGUUCAACUGACCUUGUACCUCCCUGCUGCCAAGAGUGACUUAGCCAAUCCUACGCUCAAGUGCCUUCUGAAAACUAGGACUAAUGGGACCUAAAUGUGAGCGUCCAACCCACCACUGAAGCAAAAGCAGAUUGAUACAUUAGAACAUUUUUGUAGAGUGAAAACUUAGCAAGACUUGUUUGUUUUUUUACAAAGGAAUGACGUUUACAUAUAAAGUGUAAUUACUUAAUGUAUUUAUAUAUAUAUGGAGAAAAAGGGGAUGAGUAUCAUCCAUUGUCUUAAACUAAGUGGAAAAAAAAGUGUUAAAACCACUUUUUUAUGCCUAGGGUUGACAAUUCCCUUGCUCCGAUCAGGGCUGGACCUCAGUAACACAAAGCCUCUGAGCCUAAUUUCAGUAAAAUAACAAAGGGACCACACCAACAAUAUCUAGUCUAAUAAUGAAGCCAUUGGAGAAUAAAGUGAAGGCCACAUUAUAUGAAGAUGGCUUGAUGCAAAAAGAUCUUUCAGCUGAUAAGGAUGCUUUUACUAACUCUUCAAAAAUACCCUUUAAGAUUAGAAGUUGCUGAAACUUCAGAUUUUUAGUUUCAAAUAAUGUCUAACUAGAAAUAACAAUGCAUGUUAUUUGUAUGGACUUAAAUCAGGACAAAUACAAUUGAACCAGCACUUAAACUUGAACAUAAGAAAGCAUAGCAAUUCAGUUAAGCACAUAAGACCAUCCACUGUGGCUUUUAUAAAAUGGUUUCCAGUUGGCCAGUGUACAUCUUUUUUUGCAUUCCCUCUUGCUAAACAUAUUUCAUGACCGUCUGGAACAAGUUGAAUCUGAACCACUUUUCCAUCUCUGCUGCAAAAAGCACUUUGACAUCCUGAAUCCUGAUCUAGGAUUAUGAAAAAGUAGUCACGCUACCAUUACCUAAUUUGGUAAUUUGGAAAUUAAGGUUCCAGUUAUAAAUAUUUUGUGAAUAUUUAUCAUGAUUACACAUACUGCUACCUUCUCUGAUAAUUUAUUUUUGAAGUAUCUCAUACAGUGCAUUAGUAAUGCAAUAUUAGCAAAUAAUGCUAGAACAAUCUGUUGAAGCAUAUCACAACAUGAAGAUAUCAUUGAAGCAAUGUGCACAUUUGUUUAAACAUGCGGUUUUAUGUCAUUACAAUCCAGCAUGCUCUAAAGUAGCACAUGAUUAAAUAAGUAAUAACGAGGAAUUUAUAAAUGGAACCUUAAUAUAUAUAUACUGUUAUCCUAAUUUUAGUAUUUUGUAUUGUUACCUAAGUCUGCUGUAUAUAGAACUGUUUUAUUUUUUAAAUAGUGCUGAAGGGAUACCAGUGUUUAUUCUAACCAGAUACAACAGUUAUUCAGUUAUACAAUAGUAUGCAAGUAUUUAACACUUUUUUGUUUUGUUUAAGAUGUAUGAGCUUUGUUCACAAAAAAACUCUUGCUGGUGUAAUUUUAAUCACAGACGAGGUUUACUAAGGGAAUAAUACAGUAUCUCUUGCCUUAUCAUAGGGCAUGGUGAGCCAAAUGUUGACUCAGCUCUUUUUUUUCCUUUUAAAUAGAUUUUACUACUAUAUUCAUUAGAAAGAAUUCACAGUUUGGGGCUUUAUUGCACAUUUUACAAUCUCUUCAUAUUAACAAAUCCUUUUUUUUUAAAAAAAAAUCCUCCUUAUGAGGUUUUUUGUGUUUGUUGCAAUUCAUACUUCUGUUGUUUCAAAUUGUAUCCCCAAGUCCCAGUGAGAAAAUGGGGAGACUUCAUUAAAUGUAAUGAUUGUGAUGGACGUGUAGGGUUUUUUGGUUUGGUUUUGUGAAAGCAUGACAUCAGUGUGGGGAUGAAGAUGUUAAUAUUUAGAUUGUACCAUAAUUUUCCUAUUCUAUGUAAAUUAUUUAUGAAGAUUUUCUUUUUUCUUUUUCUUUUUUUCUUUGCAAGGGUGUGUGUGCAUGUGAGAGAAAAAAGGAGGGAGAGAAUGAAAUCAAUGAAACUUCACUUUGUCUUGCCAAAGAUUGUAAAUAAUUAUUUAUUUGUUUACACAGACAAAAUUCACCAUUUAACAUCCUGCUUCAUUUAGU